CUUCAGGUUAAGCAGUCUUCGCGUUCUCUCGAGUCAUCGAAAAACUCCCAACACAAACGCCCCCUCGCUCUUUCUCUAUUAACCCAAAACCAGGCUUAAAAGAGAGAGAAAAAGCUUCGAGGGUUCGUUGUAAAGAAUUGUCCAUUUUCCCAAAUCCAAAUUUCCCUUUUCCAAAACCCUAACCCUAAAUUAAUCCCUCAAUCAUCUCAUCAAACCCUAAAACUCCACAACAAUGGCGUUUAAUCAACCAAAAGAAAACGAAAAUCACGAGCAACGUCGUCUUUACAAUCCAUACCAAGACCUUGAAAUCCAGGCCCAGAAGCUCUAUCAACUUCCUACACAACCCGAAUUCCUUUUCCACGAAGAAUCACUCCGACAACGCAGAUCUUGGGGUGAGAAUCUCACCUACUACACCGGUUGCGGCUACUUGGCCGGAGCUUCCUCUGGCGCUGCAAAGGGAUUCGUUGAUGCUGUCCGUGCUUCGGAGCACGCUGACACCGUGAAGCUUCGGGUUAAUCGUGUCCUCAAUUCUUCCGGCUUGACCGGUCGCCAGUGGGGGAACCGAGCUGGAGUCAUUGGCCUCAUGUAUGCUGGACUUGAGAGUGGGCUUGUUAAGUGGAGGGAUACCGAUGAUGUUUUCAAUAGUGUGGUUGCUGGCCUUGCUACCGGUGCGCUGUUUAAGGCGGCUUCGGGUCCGAGGGCUGCUGCUGUUGCUGGUGCCGUUGGUGGGUUGCUUGUCGGAUGCACGGUUGGGAUGAAGCAUGCUAUUAAGAGAUAUGUUCCCGUUUGAUUUGAUCUCAUAAGGCUGGUAGACUUUAUUUAUGAAUUUUAUUUUAUUACUUUAAAAUUUAAAAUUGGAAAGAGUUUGCAAUUUUGAUGAUGUGAUGAAUGAAUGAGUAAAAAAGAAACAGACAGUCGAAUUCGUUUGUCUUAAUUUGUGGCGUAAUAUGGUUAUUAGUAUAUGUUUAUGCUUCCAAUUCGUAGGUAUUACUGGGCAUUAUUGCUACAACCUACUUUUAAUAAGUUUAUUUUGGUUGUGCUAUGCUUGUAAUUUGUAUAACUUAUAUAGGUGAUUCAAUAAUAUACAGAAAAAGCUUAGACUUUGCCUUCUAA